UCUUGUUUCAUGUAUGGCACAUGCGUACAUGUACGUGUACAUAUUUCGUAAAUGUGCACCUAAUCCUACACCACCACAAUACCACUCAGUUCAGAAAGUGGUGUCAGUAGCAAGACACACUGUCUCAGAGCUUUCAUGUUGGGAUACACAGAGGCAGUACGUGCCUUGGCAAGGGAACAAGAAAUUGGCAAUUUACAGUACACUCAUGAGUUCCACGUGUCCACACACCUGGUUUAUGACUACAUGUACAUGUAGACUGGCUUACACAAAGUAGAUGUACAUUUACCACUAGGACGGGAACCACAGCCUGAGCUUCUGCAGUUUUUGCUCCAGCCUGACUAGCCUGUGAUGUUUUUUUCAUGACUCUUUUGAGUGGCCGUCAGGAUUCUGUUUUUUUUUUUCCCCCGCCCAAAGAUCUUUCAUGGCAGUAUAGCUCUGAAGUUUGAGUGCUGAACUUCUGGCGGAUCCAUUCUACAGAGAAGCAAGCAGAGCUGGACCUUUUUGUCUUUGCCCGCACCUGUAAUCAUAAGCCUGGAUAAGUCUGGAUCGCAGUUUGGUAGCGUUCCAGUGCUUGCUGUUGGUCGAGGAAUACUGCAUUCUGGGAUUCUUCGUACAGUCGGUCAGCAUUUGACAGCUGCUUGCUUGUGUAACUAGUGUCCGUUGGAGGUAUACAUGUGUAUUGUGAAUGCAGAUCUUCUGCCAACCACAAGGUGUACACAUACAUGUACAUGCCCCCUGGGGUUUCUCCAUUUAUUGUUACGCCAGACCGCCAACCUUUUGCUGACUGGAUUCUGGAAAUCUGGGAUUUUUGUGGUCCCCUUCUCAAGUUUCAUUUCUGGAAGUUUGUUCCGCACAUUUCUGUGUUUGCCCGUUCAUUGAUUUUUCUGACAACGAUGGGAGACUCUUCAUCUCAAGGCGCCGACAAGAAAUCGCAUACUGGUGGAGAUCGAGUAUUCAAGAAGAGUUGUCCAAAUGGAAAGAUUACAACGUACCUGGGAAAGCGAGACUUCUUGGACCACAUGAUACAAAUUGACCCCAUAGAUGGUGUCGUCUUGGUGGACACGGAAUAUGUGAAGAAUCGCAAGGUGUUUGUGCACGUCCUGGCGGCGUUCCGCUACGGACGGGAGGACUUGGAUGUGCUGGGGCUCACGUUCCGCAAGGACCUCUACCUGGCGUCCAUGCAGGUGUACCCUCCCAUCCCUGAGGAGCAGAAACCAUUGACUCGUCUACAGGAGAGGCUCAUCAAGAAGCUUGGAAGCAAUGCAUACCCGUUCCUCUUUCAGUUGCCAGAGAACUCACCAGCCUCCGUCACACUACAGCCAUCGCCUGAAGACAGAGAAGGCAAGCCCUGUGGCGUGGACUACGAGUUGCGGACCUAUGUUGGAGACUCGAUCGAUGAGAAGCCCCACAAGAGGAACUCGGUCAACCUGGCCAUCCGUAAGGUGACCUACGCCAAUCCUGAAAUGCCCAUCGCCCAGCCCAGCGAGGAGGUCACCAAGACGUUCAUCAUGAGCACCAACUCUCCCUUGCACCUGGAGGCGUCGCUGGACAAAGGGAUGUACUUUCACGGCGAGAAGAUAGCCGUCAACAUCCAAAUCACAAACAACUCCAAGCGGGAGGUGAAGAAGAUCAAAAUUCUGGUCAAGCAGUACGCCGACAUCUGCCUCUUCAACAAGGCCAACUACAAGUGCUGCGUGGCCUACUUUGAAACCGACAAGGCGUCCGAUGGUUUGCCAGUCUUGCCUAGCCACACCCUAUCCAAAGUCUUUUACGUCACUCCUCUGCUUGCCAACAACAAGCACAAACGAGGUCUGGCCCUCGACGGCAAGCUCAAACACGAGGACACAAAUCUGGCCACUUCGACAAUGUUCAAACCCUGUGAGAAGGGGCGGGAAGACGCAGAGAAUAUCCAUGGCAUUGUGGUCCAGUACAAGGUCAAAUGCUCCUUGGAUGUGCCAUUUUCAAGGCCCUUGUCAGUCCUCCUGCCGUUCAUCCUGACACACCCCAAGCCAGAGCAGCCAGCAGAGUCCUUCCCUGCACCUCCCAACCCAGAGCAAAGACAGCAGAAGGAAGAAGCUCUGGAAGCACAGCAGGAAGCGCUCGACACCAAUCUGAUCAACUUUGAUACCAAGAAUGACCCUAACAGACGGGCAGGGAAAUAUUGUGUUGGCCAAACCUACAUGCCCGGCAUGCUAAAUCCCAGCGGCGUGGAGCCAGCGACACCCCAAGACGAUGACCUCAUCUUUGAGGACUUUGCCCGGCUGCGUCUGCAAGGCGCAGAAGGAGAAGGCACUGAGGCCUGAUUGAAUUUCGAUUAGAUACCAUCGUCAUGGUAAUGUUAAGCGCCAAAGUUUGCCGGGACAAAAGUUGGGUUAACAAGCUUAUGGAGAGAAGACCUUUUAAAGAAACCACCAGGAGAAGGUACAGAUUAGAGAAAUGGUUAUAAUGAUUGGAGAAGUUGAGGACGUGCAAAAUAGGAAUUUAUUUUUAAUACAAAUUAUUGUGAUUCUAAGACUCCUACAAGUUUUACCUUGACAAAGAAAUGUACUCUCUGGUACCGCUUUAAUAAUUAAGAUUGACUCACUUUAUGUUCUCACGGUGGCUUCAGAAUUUUAGAACAGUUUGUAUUUUUAUCUUCAUGCCAGCCUCUGUAGCCGUAUUUUGUGAGCGCUUUGAAAAUCCACCUGCAAAUGGAAGAAAUCAGGGAAUUAAAGACAGAGUUUAAUUUGUCCUUGCCAUUAUUUUGUCACUGUCUAGCAGGCUUUCAGAACGGAAAACAUAGUGUUGAUCGCUGGUCAGGCUUUGUCAGGCGGUAUUAUUUUCAAAAUGGAUGACGAUUCAGAGUCACACUUAGCUGAUCAAUUUACCUAUGUCUAUAAAAAAAGAAGAAAUACUUAGUCGGCAUAAAUCUUUAAGAGGAUUCUAGCUUAAAAUUAGAAACACUGGUUCUUCUAACGAAUGUCCAUCUGCACACAGUAAGGUUGAUAUCCCGUACUUUCGUUUCAACCUUUCCAUCCGACACUGCCAGUUGCGGUUUUCAUUUUUGGAGGAAAGAGUGCCUAUUUUGGCUUUUACAGGAGAGGUGCUUAAACUUUGUCGACCCAUCCGAGGAGCAUUACCCUGUUAUGUAAUAUAAAUGUAUAAAAAAGUUGUCUAGAUAUAGAUAAACGUAAAUUAAAACACAACAGACACACAUUUAUGUAUGUACUAUAUCCAUAUGAUUGUCAACUUGCACGGAAAUGCAGCGCUAUAAGUGGAAGUGCUUGUUUCAAUUUGUUUGCACAAGUUAUUCUCUUUUUCUUUCUCUUUUUUUACUAAACUGAAUUGUGGUUUAGUAGCUUAUAGAUUGUCACGUGAAUUUUUAAAAUGUUGAAGUAUUGUAUACUCAUGAAAUGUGUUGGGAAAGGAGGUCGCGGUCAAGGAACUUGAUCCAGUAUUUUGGCAGCUUAUUUUAAUUUGAGAUUUUUAUUUUUUUGGCUAAAGAAGAUACUCUGGUAUUAAAGAAUUUAAUAGAUAUAGUAAUAAGAGUCGUAAACCAGACUGAUACUAGACGUAUGUGUAUGGGCACAUGUAAUACAAAAACAGGUUGAUUGUUGAAAUUUGCUGAAUGGUUGCGGGCUUACAUUCCAACUAUUGGUCGCCAUAAAAACUUCAGUGAGCAUCUUUGCCCCAACAGAUGUCUUGCCGAGUAGAAAGCUCUGCUCCACCAGAGCUGUCAGGUUAUUGGCUGCAGUUUGCAUCUUGUUUCCCAGGUCAUGUAAUAGGAACAGGUGUUGCUAUAGCAACAGUGUCACUCAUCCAACUUUUUGUUCUCCUUUUUUAAAGUAAACAAGCGGCAUUCAGAGAAUGAAACCAUUUUGGAUUGGAUUUAUGUCAGGAUGUAAAAUGGUGUCAGUCAGAGAUUUUACAAUUUCUUUUCACCGUAUUUCUGUCACUGCUGUAAUGACAUGUAGAUUAGUUCUACUGUAAUUGUCAGUGAGUUUGCUCUUGGUGUUUUGGAGAAAUUUUAAAAUUAAAUGUGGCAGAAUUUUUAUCGUCGAAUUACUGGCACAGGUUCAGCAUUGCCUUGCCUCGACGGAAAUGAUGUUACUUGCCACAAACUUAUUUUCCAAGCUCUCCAAUGUAAUUUGUUAACUGCCUCAGCAGGACAAAAAAAAAGUAAUCAAAUAUUCAUGUAUAUGAUACUAUGUGUACAGUACAAUUUCUAAGAGACGAGGUGUACAUUGAGCACAAUGUGUAAGUAUAAGCAGGGUUUAAGAAAAAAAAUUUGAAGUAGAGCUGUAAAAGUAUAUAAAAUGUUGUUGCAACGCCCAGAGCAUAAGCAUAAAUGCAACAUUGUGAAAGAUAAGGACUUAAUGUCUUGCGAAUUCUUCCUAUCACCUAUGUAUGAUGAGUAUUUUGUUAAGUAAGAAGUGUUUACAUAGACUUGCAGUCUGAUGACAAUAGCUGAUCUGGCUACUAGUAAUUGGCAAAGUUUUGUUCAGAAAUGGUAAAAUACAUUUGGAAUGAAGCGAUGAAGUUAUUUCUUUUAUUUGGUUAACUGUUCGCUCAUAAAUCCCUACAGUUUCUUUGUUUUUUCCAUGUUGCAUCUUGUCUGGGAAAAAACUCUGUGAGAUAUUGGCCAGUUGCUUAAAGUCAAAUUUUGGGCACUGGUGUUGGAUUCAUACAGAAUUCUUUGAUUUGACAAGUUUGGUGAGAGAUGUAUCUUUGAAAUUUGCAGACAAAUUCCGUCAUUUGGCCGUUAAUAAAAAGUAACUCAUGGAAAGGCUGAAAUAUGCUGUUUACUGUUCAGUUUGAAAGUAUUGGAUUGGAUUAGAGCCAGACUCCCGUAAUCCUAAAGUACAAUUGCCUCCAUAAAACUAGAGAAAUUUGAAUUUUUUUUAUGUACACCAGUCAUUUGAUCUUUUCACCUUGCAUAAUAACCUUGAUCCACUCCGACCUCUGUAAAAUAUAAGCUGUUUAGAAGACCAGCCCGUACAAAUCAGUGAAUCAACAAGAAACUUCAUUAAUAUACUGUCAUUUCUUACAGAGGAGUAAUGUAACUGAAUACGUAAUUCUGAAUAGAACAAAGUUGAUUGGAAUUCUUUUAAAUUGAUUUUGACACCUGAUAGGUUUUGCUGUAGAAAUUGAAUUUGUGUACACGGUGAUGACAGUGACUGCCACUGUGGAAGCCGUGUGUAAUUAAAAAAUAUUGUUUCCCCAAGCCUUGAUUUGUCAGCGUUAAUAUCUGACAGUAUAUUUGCGUAGUGACAUCAUGUUUCACUUUGAAUUUACCAGUUCCCGCACAAGUAUUGAAGAUUGUGCCCCCUAGUAUGUGGGUGUUAGGUAUAAUACACUUGAAUAUUGUAUAUUGUACAGUAAUAUUUAACGGUGUAUAUCUGACUGUUCUGUGAUGUAAGCAUUCAUGUAAAGUGGCAGAUACUCAUGCUGUGUAAGCACUAACGGAGACAGUAUGUUGUAGAUGGAGUUAUGUCCACUGUGUAUUAGGCGUGUGUGCCGGGUACUGUUGACUAAUCACAGGCCAAGCUGCCAGUUAGGACUUGGGGCUGCCAUUUGGGAAUGAAAUCAUGGGUCAUUUUCUCAGACUGGGGCUUCAACACUAGCACGAUUGUCAAUUUAAAGCCUCAAUUGCUGGCAUCUUGGAGGGCUUUCAACUCGAGUUUAAAAUGGCGAAGGCUGGAGCCAAGGUUUUGAUUGUUUGGUUGGGGGGGACUGCAAUUCCUCGCUUGGAUAAAGAAAAUUGUUACGAACAACAAAAUGGUUAGGUCAUGUGCUGUGAUUGGCUAAAAUGUUGCCCAGGGUACACGCAAUACUCCGGCUUAAUUGGGCAUUGACUCUUGCUGUUUAAAGUAAAACUUUCACUUGUGUAACCCUUAUCAAAACAACUCCCUCUGCAUGUCAAGGCAAGUGUCCUAGUGGUUUCAUAUUUGCUGGGUUGAGAAAAACAUAGUGUUAAUUAUAUUUAUACAGCAUAUUUUGUUUUGUUAAUCUUAUGUACAAGAAGCAGAACUGUGUUGGACUUGUUAAUGAAGGAGGGAUACUGCCAACGUGCAUGUGCAGUCAAGAUGUAGUGGUCAAAUUUGAUACAGAGGUUUAAUUUUGCUGGCUUGCCCCCCUGCCCUGCCAAAAUAUUUCGUGGACACUUGCGUGUGUAGGGUAAUUCUGGAGAUUGCGCUUGACUGCUACAUUUGUAUUAAUGUAUGUUCACUGUUGUGGAUACUUGUCUAAUAAAUAAAAAUAUAUUAUAUGUUGUUGGUGAAAUA